ACCGUUUCCAGGAUAAGACUAAUAUUUGAGGUCACACAAAAUUUUGCGCCGACCCGAUUCGGUCCACAAUUCAUAUGCCCUGCAUCCCUCUGCGCGCUCGCCAGAGGUACCCCAUAUCAGUAAUAGAAGAAUGGAUGGGUUUCUCGUCGUAGGACAGUUGAUUUGAUUGGAAAUUUUGAUGAGAAAAUUUUGAAUGGCACUUUCCAUGAGUUUGAUCUCCACCACAAGCCUACUUAAAUUUGGGUGGGUACCUAUAACCAGAGUUUCUCAUAGAAAAUUCGGUUUGGUUUCACGAUCUUCCACUGGAUUUCUCAGCAUCCGUGCUGUGCAAGAGAAUGGAGGGCCACGGCGACUGGUUGACAUUAUAAGAGCUGUGCCAGAGCUCUCGAGGAAUUACUUUAGGAGUCCUUCUAGGAGGGCUCUUUUUGGAGGAAUCUCCUUGUUGGGUGGCUUUUAUGUAGCGCAGACAAUCUCUCUGUCAUUUGGAGCUUUAGGAGUCAAUGAUGUGAUCGCUGCAGUGUUGUGUGUUCUCUUGACAGAAUACAUUACAAGGUUUUAUUACAGCCGGCCAAAGGUAACUUUUCCCCUUGCUCUUCUCAACAACUUUAAGAUGGGUUUCACAUAUGGUCUCUUCAUUGAUGCGUUUAAGCUUGCAAGUUAAUCAUGCCUUAAAAAGCCAUUUUGCAAUUUAUUACAGCCAAUUGUUCCCUUUUUCUACUCCUUGCUCUUUUUCUUUAUCUUUGGUUUACUUGUCUGUUACAUAGCUGUUAUUAUUGUAAGAGUUGUCAUAGCUGUAUUCAGAAAUUUUCUCUUGAAGGUGGCAUUGUGGGAGCAAAAAUCUGGUGAUUGAAUUCAUUAUCUGUGUAUGCUGCUGUUGUAAUAUUGACAGAAAACUUGUUGAUGUAAAUAAUUUAUUCUCCCAA